GGCAUCCGGGAGGGGCGGUUGAGGGGGCGGGGUGGCGAUUUCGUGUCCCGUGACCCCUGGCCUCUAGAGACCUUGCACCCCGGCAGCCACACCAAGAUGAUGGGCUGUAGGGAGGUCGAGCUGGAAUCGGUCGGAGGGGAGGGGGCAUUGGCGGCCCCCGGGCCACCCCCAGAACCCCGCGCCCCGGAGCCCAGAGCCCCAGUGCCCGAGCCUGGCCUGGACCUGAGCUUGAGCUCGCGGUCCGAGACCCCCGAGCGUCCCGGCCAGCGGAAGGGGCGGGCGGACCGGCGGGGCGGGGCCCGUAAGGGGCGGCAGGUCCGCUUUCGCUUGGCGCCGCUCUCCCCCGUGCGUUCCGAACCGCCGCGGGCCGCCGCAGCAUCUAGCGAGAAGGCCGCGGCACCGCAGGCCCUGGGGGCGCCCGCGCAGCAGAGCAGCCUGGCUUUGAGCCUCGAGUUGCAGGCGGCGCGGGCUGCAGCCGGCAGCCAGUUCGAUGCCGCGAAGGCCGUGGAGGAACAGCUGAGAAAGUCGUUCCAGACCCGCUGCGGCCUGGAGGAGAGCGUGGCCGAGGGGCUGAACGUGCCGCGCUCCAAGCGGCUCUUCCGAGACCUGGUGAGCCUGCAGGUGCCCGAGGAACAGGUUCUCAACGCUGCGCUGAGGGAGAAAUUGGCGCUCCUGCCACCGCAGGCCCGAGCCCCGCCCCCAAAGGUGAGGGACCUGGGCUUGUUUCUGUGUCGUGCCCCCUUCCCUUUCCCGAGUGUGACCUUGGCUUUGGGCUCCAAUUCCCAACAGGAGCCACCUGGGUCAGGGCCAGACAUGACCAUCCUUUGUGACCCAGAAACAUUAUUUUAUGAGUCUCCACACCUGACCCUGGACGGUCUGCCUCCUCUCCGUCUUCAACUCCGGCCCCGCCCUUCAGAGGAUACCUUCCUCAUGCACCGGACACUGAGGCGAUGGGAAGUGUAGACGUGGAGGCUCCCUGGAUUGCUAAUUAAUAUUUUUGUGUUAAAACUAUUUUUCAGAAUAAAGUGGUUUUUGCU